UAAUGACUGAUACUAAGGGAUCAAUGGUGGCUCCAUUAUCUAAAUAUAAAUUAGUAUUCUUAGGAGAUUAAUCGGUCGGAAAAACUUCUAUAAUUAAUCGUUUCAUGUUUGAUACAUUUGAUGGCAAAGAUCAUGUAAGACAAUUUGAAUAUUCAAGCCUACAGUUGGCAUAGAUUUUAUCUCCAAGACUCUUUACUAUGAAGAUAGAACCAUUCGUCUUUAAUUAUGGGAUACUGCAGGAUAAGAGAGAUUCAGAUCCUUAAUACCAAGCUAUAUUAGGGAUAGUGCAGUUGCUGUAGUAUGUUAUGAUGUUGAAGGUAAUUUCUGAUAAUACAAAGUGAAAUAAUCAUUUGAUAGUGUUGUAAAAUGGAUUGAAGAUGUACGUUUAGAAAGAGGCAAUGAUGUAAUAAUCUUUUUAGUGGCCAAUAAGAUUGAUCUUGAAAAUAGGUAAUUAUAUGCAUAUUAAUGGAAAGAGUUGUAUCAACAGAAUAAGGAGCAACCUUAGCCAAGGAAUAAGAUGCUCAUUUUAUAGAAGUUAGUGCAAAAUCAGGAAGCAAUGUUGAAUUACUAUUCAAAUAAAUAGCAGCUACUCUUCCAGGUACUGAAACAUCUUAAAUGGUUAAUUCUGUUGUUAACAAUCCAAUUUAACGUAUUAAAUUUCAUAGAUCUAUAAGCAAAAAAUAAUAUAAAUUUAGAUAAUCCAUAAAAUUAAGAUUAAGAAAAGAAAGAUGGAAAGUCAUGUUGUUGA